AUGAAUCGAGCGGAUAGUGAAAUCAUGGAAACCCUUCUUUCAGAGUGUGGGAUGACGGAGAGUAAGAAUGAAGAAGAGGCAGAUGUUAUCAUCAUGAACACUUGCUCGGUUCGCGAGCAUGCAGAAUCAAGGAUUUGGAAUCGCUUGAAGCAGUUCCGAAACCUUGAUAAAAAGUACAAGAAAAGGACUAUUCUUUGUAUUUCUGGUUGCAUGGCCACGCGUCUGCGAACGAAACUUCUUGAAUCGGGCGUGGAUGUCGUUGUCGGUCCUGAUUCCUAUGUCCAUCUUCCUCCCCUCAUCUUCGACGCCUUUAACGGCAAGCAAGCCUUCCACACCGAGCUCAACGGGAACAACGACUACGACGCGAUCUCCCCGUCCUUCCUGGAGCCGCUCCCCGCGACGCAAAUCACCAUCAUGCGAGGCUGUAACAACAUGUGUUCCUAUUGCGUGGUUCCCUACACACGCGGACGAGAACGGAGCGUGGACGUGGACGUUGUGCUUCGCGAAGUGAAAAGAGCGGAAGAACAUGGGUACAAGGAGAUCAUGCUGCUCGGACAGAACGUGAAUUCCUACUGCGAUCGAUCGCAUCUCGCGAAGGGAUCCGAGAAAUACGAAACCACGCCGGGAUUCCGAUCCCCCACGUCGACCAAAGCCAAAACCGGGAUUCUAUUCCCGGAGCUGCUGCGACUCGUCGCGGAAGAAGUUCCCGAAACCAGAAUUCGGUUCAUGUCGCCACACCCCAAAGUAGAAAUCGGUGGACGGAAGAUUUACCUGAAGGAUUUCCCGAUGUCCGUGCUGGAAGUCAUCGCCGAGCAUCCGAAUAUUUGCCGAUCGCUGCAUCUGCCCUUGCAGUCUGGAAGCAAUUCCUGUCUGCAGCGAAUGAACCGACCGUACACGCGCGAAGCGUUCAUUCAAUUGGUGGACGCGAUUCGAUCGAUUCUUCCGGACUGCGCGAUCAGCACCGACGUGAUCGCUGGAUUCUGCGGGGAAACCGAGGCGGAGCACGCGGACACGGUGGAGUUGAUGAGGGAAAUCGGAUUCGAUCAUGCGUUUAUGUAUCUGUAUAGCAUGCGAGAAAACACGUAUGCGUGGAGAUACUUCAAGGACGACAUUCCUCUGGAGGUGAAAAAGCGAAGAUUGGUGGAGAUCCAGGACGCGUUUUAUUCGACGCUCCGCGAGAAGCUUCCGUCGCAGAAAGGGAAAGUGGAGUUGGUUCUGGUGGAGGGAGAAAGCAAGCGGAGCAAGCCUGGAGAAAUGCAAAUGAAGGGUCGAUGCGACGGAAAUCGAAUGUGUGUGUUUGAUGUGAAGCCAGUGUUUGAAACGAUUCAGGAUUAUCGAGCCAAUGCAGAGGGAAAACGAACCAAAGAGAUCCGCGUGGGAGAGUAUGUCGCUUGUAGGAUCGAAACGCCAGGGACGGGAACGCAUGUCGUUCAGCCAUUGUUCAAGACAUCGAUUCGCGAGUUUGAUGAGUGGAAAAAGUCCUUUACAUCGCUUGUUUGUUGA